ACUGUUUCGCCGCUCUGAGUCUCUCCAAGCUGGGUCCACGGCUGUUCGCUUCUCUCACCCUCCUUGUCCAUUGUUGAGUCGCAGCUGCUUCUGUAGCUCAACUACUGAACUAGCUAGCCUUAGUACUAGUAAUGUCCUAGAUCCUGCUGCCUGCAGCGCUGGCUGUAGCAUUCGCUGCACAUAAAAUAAUUUCAUUUCAUUCCCUUUGAAAGUCCUGAACUGAAGGAGUAGGCAGCGGUAGAUCUACUAGAGCCGUAGUAAGGCCGAUGCUACCAGCGAGGCUUCGCCUUUGGAGAGGCCAUGGCGUGAUUCGACGCUUCUGCAUGUGAAGUGUCUCGCAGCUAUCACUUCAAGCGAGCUACAUAGGGAGUGAGGAUUCCCAGCCUCCUUGCGACCACCAAAAGGCAGAGGUGCGAUGUGCGCCACGACGAAGUCGGUGCGAAUCGAUCGCGACCCAAGGGAUGUGGUCUGUGCCUGCAGUGGCCGUUACGUGGAGCGAUUCCAUAACAAGAUCCGCAGCAAUGUCUGCAUUACUGUACUAAUGCUCAGCUUGGUUUUCGUGCACCCUACUUUGGCGCAAGUCCAUCUAAAUGCCACUCGCUGUGACUUGCUGAGGAACAACAUGAUGGUGAAGCUGCGAAACACUCUGUUCGAACCAGCCAGCCUAAAGCCGCCCGCUUGCGGACAAACAGUGCGGAUUGGACUGCUUAUGUCGUACGAGCUGGCGCCACCGAUCUCAGACUUUGUGGCGUAUAACACAGUGCUGUCGCAAGCACUAGCUGACAUUGAGUGCUCAGGCCUGCUCGGAAACGUCACGAUAGAGCUGGUGAACGGAACCAGCAACUGCGACCCCUCGGAUGCCAUCCAAGCGUUCCUCGAUCUUGUCUUCAACAAGGACAUUAGCAUGGUCAUCGGCCCGGAAUGUUCGGUGGCGGCAAGAGUGGUGGCGAAGAUUGCCUCCUAUCUCAGCAUCCCUGUCUUUGUGUUUUCCACUGACGCUGCGGACCUUUCCGACCCGGAGGACUACAGCACUCUAUUCCGCCUGAAUCCAUCAGGUGUGAUCAAUGCCGAUGGGUGGAAGGCUCUUCUCGAUGCGCUCCAUGUGGACAAGGUUACAAUUGUGAAGGAGAUUGGAAAGGAGUUUGAUGAGUUUGUCCGCCUUUUUGAGAACGAAAUCCGCAACAGUGGUGUUUCCAGCAGCACGCCUGAUCAGCAGCAGGGGAAACAGAUCACAUUGGGAGAUUCGAUCACGAUCAAUGAGGUGGACGUCAACAUCGAGAGCGUUCUGAAUAGCAUCCAGACUGCCAAUGCUCGGGUUGUUGUUGCUCAGGUGUAUGCCAGGGUAGCCAGAGCUCUGCUGUGUGGAGCCAAGAGACGGGGUUGGACUUCAUGCUGUUCAAAUCCCCAGUCUGGCGAGAAUCACAAGCUCGUGUUCGUUUGGCCCUCCUGGACCACACCGCUCAGCUGGUUCGGCACUGUUGGCGAUAAUCUCGACGGGUACAACUGCUCUGCUGAGGAGAUACGGGAAGCAGCUAUGGGAAGCUUCACUGUGCGCGGAAACGACGUGAUCCAGGACAAGCGGUUCAGCUUCCCAGGCACAGAUUCCUACUCUCCAAUCAAUGCUGAAACAACAUCAGGGUGGCAGAAGCGUGUGAUCAAUGCUAUUAUAGACUAUAAGGAAUCCUAUCCGGAGUAUAGCCGAACGGGAGAUUUCAGCUACGCUGGUUUUGCCUACGAUGCCGUGUGGACAGCAGCGUAUGCUUUGCACGGCUAUGCUAACAAUGCCAGCGUUGACCUGAGCAGCUGCAGCGACAUCCAACACAUGAUAGAUGAUCUAGUCUACACGCCGGAUAAGCACUUUACUCACACUGCGUACAGACGAAGUCUGACGGCGAGUGCGAAAAAUGUUGAGUUUUCCGGUGCGAGUGGGAACGUCUCCUUCCGUAAUUCUAAGGACACGAACAGAAUUGGAGCCUCUGCAGUCGUGCGAAAUAUCCACUCAGAUCACAAUGCUUGCUCAUUGACAGGCGCCACAACGCUUGUGGAUUUGAUCUGCAACAUGCGCACUGUUGCCAGCAACUACACGGAACUUGGCACCCCUCUAACGUUUGAACUGAACACGUCGACAGUGGUGUGGGGAGCGCCGUGUGUUGCAGAAGAUGACGUCUGCACUGCACCAAUAUCAUUACUGAUCCCCGACCCCAAGUGCCCGGGGCUGGAAACGUUGGGCCACGCCGUCGGCUGCAGUGGCGCCAUUGCUAUUGUCGUCUUAUGCCCGAUAUUCAUUCUGGUUGCACUCAUCUUCAUAGCAGUGCUGAAUCGGAGAAAUAAGAAGAGGUACAAGCAGAAGUACCUGCAGAGGUCUAUGUCGAGACUGCAGCAGUUUGGCCUGAAGGAAAACGACCUCUACAACAUGCUGGUGCCGGACGAGACCUGGGAGAUUGACCCGAAAACGCUCGAGAUCAACAGGAAGCUGGGCGAGGGAGCAUUCGGAACGGUGUACGGUGCCGACUACUUCAAGAAAGGCGAACGAAACUGCACCGCCGUGGCCGUCAAAACCUUGCGAGAAGAAGCUGAUGGCCAAGACAAGACCAAGUUCUUUCUGGAGAUCCAGCUGAUGAAGAACUUCACCCAUCAGAACGUCGUCGCCAUGCUAGGCGUGUGCACCAAGGAGGAUCCAAUGUACAUCGUGAUGGAGCUGAUGCUGCACGGAGACCUGCGAGACUUUCUGCUCAGCCAUCGUCACCUGGCCAACACGGACGAUGGGCAUGACUCGAUCGAUGCCAAGCGGCUUACCAGUAUGGCUCUGGACGUUGCCUAUGGACUACUGUACUUGCACGGUAUUAACUUCAUUCACAGAGACCUGGCAGCUCGUAACUGCAUGGUGACGACCAACUUCAAGGUGAAGAUUGGCGACUUUGGCAUGGCACGUGAUGUCAAAGUCAGCGACUACUACCGUGUCAAGGCUUCAGCACUACUGCCUAUUCGUUGGAUGGCCAGGGAGUCGAUACUGGACGGCAUCUUUACGACGCAGACCGACUGUUGGAGUUACGGCAUUGUGCUCUUCGAGAUGAUCACGUUCGGCGGACUACCAUACCCGGGCCUGGAGAACGGGGAGGUGAUGUCCUAUAUCCGCUCUGGCUACCUGAUGGAACUGCCAGAGGAGUGUACUGAGGAACUCUCAUCACUGAUGCUCGAAUGUUGGGACUUUAACCCAGACCGCAGGCCGAAGGCUAGUGACUUGGCUCGACUACUGUCCACACAGAAGCGACUAGUCGUGCCAUGUCUUGAUGUCCUUGCUAAACGCGAAAGGAAUCCUCCACAACUGGGACGGCGGGCUACGCUGAGGCAUGCCGAGGAGGCCAUGGAGAAGAUCCGCUAUGCCUCAGUCACAACAACAUCUACAGGCGUUGACGUGGAGGAGGAGGCACGCUAUGUACAACAACACGACAGCAUGGAUGCAAACAGUGGCUACAUGCGGCCCAUGGACCUCCAACAGGGCAAUGGCGGUGUGUUCCAUGAGCUGCCAGAGGGGAACGACUCGUGCCCAUCACUGCCAGCGCCCAUUCUGGAGGAACAGGUGCCUGAGUUGGAGGAGCAGGUGCCUGAGCUGGAGGAACAAGUGCCUGAGCUGGAGGAACAAGUGCCCGAGCAGUCAUUGGACGCGGAUAUGAAAACGGCCGGCAAUGACAUCAUGUUCCGUGCCUCAUUCUGCUGAUGCGUUGCAAAGCGAUGCAGACUGUGCGAUAAUCACCCAGUCUUAUCCAUUCCGUCCACUGCGCUGACCAUGAGCCGCUUGAUAUACCAUGCACACCAGAGACAGUUUUCGCACUCCGUGGUGGGUUGCGAGGAUGCUACAAAACCAUCCGGCCCGGCCCAGACCAAGUAUCACACCCAUAGUGCAUCUUCAGUAUCGUACCUCAAAGGGCUGACGAUAAACUGCGUAUCCAAGGUUGAACGGCUGAUAGCGCAACAAAUACCAAGUAUAGUAUUUCGAAUAGGAACACCAGUGCCACUACUCGUGAAGAAUAUGUAUGUACGAGAAUGUCCAAGCUCGUUGAAAUAUGAACUCCUGUACAAAUAUGUAUGUACAAAAUUGUCCAUGCCCGUUGAAAUAUGAACUCUCCCUGUACACAUCAUCAGCUUGACCGCUUCUGUCUUAGUUUAGCUCACAUUGCUCUUUGCUGCAACAUUAGUUGGCACAAUGUCCAAAUUCAAUUGCUUAUACAUGUAGGUGUGUGCAGAAAAGCCGCGUCACUCGUGGCUCUGCAUCUCAAGCGCUGUCCAGGAACAUCUGCAUUUGCAGUUUGUCAUAACCAGCCUAUCGCACGA